GACUUGUCAUCUUUGAACAUCAAUCUUAGAUUCUUGAACUCUUGACCUGGUAUAUCAAACAACUUGGAUGAUUGUUCAUUCCUAUGCUGUAUAAUUAAUGUCACUAUCCAUACCACAUAAUCCUCUUCUCGUUCUCUUUUUUUAGUUUCAUCUUGGCCCUUCUUUUGUUUAUUUAUUUUGGUUUUAAUGUAUGUUUUUUGGUUAAUAUGUUUGGGAAUUUCCUUGUCGCCGUCCUUGAUGAGCUCUACUUUGGUUAUUCAACUGCUUUGGAGUAUUUCUUUGUUCUUUACGUGAUGUAACAGUGAUCAUUGUUGCAGACUAGGACAUUGAAGGCUACUGCAAGAAGUAGCUCUUUUGAUGGUACUGUGAAGAGGGUAAAGUCUUUGUUUUCAAAGAUGAAGAAAACUAGCUUUGAUCAGAGUAGUGAACCUGAAUCUCCUAGGACAAAAUCAGGCCCUGGAAUUGAAAGGAAAUCGAUUGUAUCGAAAACUGGAAAGAUGGGUCCUAUCUGUAAGGCAAGAAAGAAGACUGCAGAAGUUAUAGAGUUAGUGGAAGAGGAGGAGAUUGAUCUUGAUGAGCAGUUCGGUAAGGAAAGAUGCUCUGAUGAUCAGUGUAUGUGGUUGACUUCAGAUAGUUCAUCUCCUGCAUAUUUUUUUGAAGAGUAUAGAUUGUCUUCUUCAUUACAUGUUUCUGUUGAUGAAUGGAUGAUCUCAUGGCUAUCAACAUUGGCAAACUCUAAUGUCCAUUUAGAUAAAGCAAGUUCUAUCUCUGACAAGUCUAGAGAACUGAAUCCUGAUCAGGAGGAUGCAUCUUCGGAGAGAACUGAGCCGGACUUUGAAAUGAUUUUGCAGGAGGAUUUGAAGGAAGAAAAGCGACUUAGUUUGGUAUCGAAAUCAUGUAGGAGGAAAAUAGAGUUCUCCGUGAGUAGUUCUGAGAGUUCCAGCUCAAAUUUUGAGCACUGCUGUGGGAACUUAACAAGCUCUGACGACUCAGCUGCGCCUCCUAGCAGCACCACCUUUGAUUCUCCUUCUUGUUCUUCUCGCACGUCGGAUUUGGACGGGAUGAGUUUUUCAGUCUCUUUACUAAGUCUUGAUGGUGAUGAUUCCAAGUGGACUUCGGAUACGGAGUUGGAGUCGGACAUUUUAAGGUCUAGUUUUCCUAGUCCAUCCUGCUGGAGAAGUUGGAGUUCUGAGGCUUUCUCAUCUAGUUCUAAUGUUUCUACUCCUGGCAAAUUCCAGGACGGACAUUUGCACCGUGAUUUAUCCCUGGAGAAUAGUUCUUCAGAAGCUGAAGUUUUGAAAGAUUUCAAUACAGACGGUCCUCUUUUCUGGCCAUUUGAUAAGAAACUGGAUUGGAAUUCUGAGGAAGAUUGGAAAUGUUUUGCCAUGUCUCCUCGUAAGGACAAGCUAUCGAUUUCUCCUCAGAGGAUCUCUUCCAAAUCUGUUGAAAUGAAAUUCCAUGACAGUAGAGUGGACUCAAAAAUGGUGUGUAGGAGAAGACUUGUCUUCAGCUCAGGUUCGGCAGCAUCAAAUAUUAUGGAGAAGAAACAAAGAAGGGACAAUAAUAGCAGUACCAAGAAGAUGAACUCCAUGCCAUCAAGGCUGAAGAAGUCUGUCAAAGAUGGAAGAAUUCCUACCCCAAAAGUGGAUUCUGGGAAUACAAAUCUCUCGCAAGAUGAUUUUGCAUCAAAUAGGAAACUUCCAAUUGAGAUACUAUUGGGCCUCGAUGAGUUCGAUGGACAUGAGGGAGUUGAUUCAGAAUUCAAUGAAGGUGUUUUCUCACUAGAUGACUCUCUCUAGGAAUCAAAGCAUGGUGUUUUUCUGUUGAAACUGGGUACCGCGAGCUCACAUGACAGAACAUGUGUUCCAUAGUUUUGCUGGUCAUGUCAUGUCAUGUCCUGUCACAGAAACAUACGGCAUGAUCAUUUAUACUUCGUUUUUGCAAGGUAACAUUGCAUGCAUAGAAAUAGACAAAUACUAACUGGAUCCUCUCUUUGUUGCUCGAGGUAUGAGGUCAUAAGAAUUCCCAUGAAAGCUUGCAUGUAUUCAUUCUUGGCCUUGAAACAGAGAAAAUUCACAGUAGUCUUGUGGUUCUACGUACAUUU